AUGUUUGUUAACACAUUAUCUAAUUCAGAGAAUAAAAACGUUUCUGUAAUCGGAACAAUAGAAAAAAUUGAUAAUGACAUUGUAUUUCUACAAUGUGGAAAAAAUGAAAUAAUGAUUAGACACAAUGGACUUGACAGUUAUAAAACAAAAAAUGUCAGAGUAAGAGGUAUCGUAGAAAAUGGAAUUUUAGUUGAACAUGUUGUGUGUAAGAUUCCUGAUGACUUUGAUAUAAACUUGUAUGAAAGGUUUGUAGAAAUUAAUACUAAAUUUCAAUCUAUUUUUUAA